AUGCCGCUCCUCCCAGCCCCGCCACGCUGCCCCGCCACCACCUCCACCUCCGCCGCAACGCUGCCCCGCCACCACCUCCACCUCCACCUCCGCCUCCCGCUCCCCCACAGCCUCCACCUCCCCCGCCGCGCCGCCCCCCGCCACCCGCGCCUCCUCCUCCCUCCCCCCGCCGCGAGCUCCCUCCCUCCACCCUCCCCCGACGCGCUCCUCCCGACCCAGGCCACGGGCCUCGUGGCCGCCUCGCAGGCCAACUUCAUGCGCGUCAUCGUCGCCUCCACGGCCCCGGGCCUGGAGCAGCACCGGGGCGCCGACCUGCUCUGCGUCGUGCGCGCGCUGCUCAAGAAGAUCCGCCGCCGCGUGCUCGUCGGGGACCGCGUGCUCGUGGGCGCCGUCGACUGGGCCGGCCGCCGCGGCAUGAUCGAGGACGUCUUCGAAAGGCGGACCGAGGUCGCCGACCCGCCCGUCGCCAACGUCGACCGCAUCGUCCUGCUAUUCUCGCUCCACCAGCCGCAGCCCGAGCCCGCCACGCUCACCAGGUUCCUCGUCGACGCAGAGUCCGCGGGGAUUCCGUUCCUGCUCGUAUUCAACAAGGUCGAGCUCGUCGACCAACAGACCAUUUCGUACUGGAGAGACAGGUUGAAGAGCUGGGGUUAUGAUCCACUCUUCCUAAGUGUUAAUCAGAAUUCUGGAUUAGGUGCUCUUGAAGAGAUGUUGGAAGGACAGACAACUGUAGUUGUUGGUCCAAGCGGUGUAGGAAAGUCCAGUCUAAUUAAUGCCUUGAGAUGCAACCAAAAUAUUUCAGAAGAAGAUCCAAUACAUCAACUUGUUGAGCAGAAUAGUAAAUGGUUCGGUGAACAACGUGUUGGAACUGUGUCCAAGAAAAGUGGCAAAGGAAAGCAUACCACACGUCAUGUUUCAUUGCUUCCGAUAGUUGAUGGAGGUUUUCUUGCUGAUACUCCUGGAUUUAAUCAGCCUAGUCUGAUGAAACUGACCAAACAGGGUCUCGCAGAAACUUUUCCUGAGAUAAGAAGGAUGCUCGAAGAAAAUGAGCCCUCACAGUGCUUAUUUAAUGACUGUGCUCACAUUGGUGAACGUGGCUGUGUUGUCAAAGGUGAUUGGGAAAGAUACCCAUACUAUCUGCAGUUGCUUGAUGAGAUCAAAAUCAGAGAAUCCUUCCAGUUACGAACAUUUGGAACUAAAAGGGAAGGUGAUGUCAGAUACAAAACAGGUACCAUGGGUGUGAAGCAAGCUGAGCCUCGCCUUCAACUGAAAAAGCACAGGAGGGUGUCCAGGAAGAAGAUGAACCAAUCGAUUCUGGAUGAUAUUGAUGCUGAAAUGGAUGACCCUGAUGAUGACUAUGAGUUCGGUGUGAGCCGACGCGCUGGCAAACGGUGAAGCGGGUUCCUGAUCUAACAAACUCUAAACAGUGUCAAGAAGCAAACUACGAAUGAUGUACAUAGCUGGCUUUCUACCACGACGUCCUUAACUGUACUGAAGUAGCAAAGUUUUGCAAAUAGGAAUUUGUAGACAAGGGGACUAUAGAAUUGCGCUCCAGGUGGUGACGAGCAGUACUUGUUUCUGUGAUAUGACAAAAUAGUAAGAAGACGGAAAGUAAGGUAAACAAAGAAGCAAAAAUUCCCAAUUUCUUGCAAUGGCGUUAUGAACUUUUGUGAGGUAUCCGUGUAUAGUCAAUUUUAUGAAGUACCGCUAUAGACUGUAGGCAUCAAUCGAAUUACCAUAGGGAUGGUUUUUUGUUCGGCUCACAGUGGACCUUGGACUGAUGUAAAAUUAUCAAGUUGGUAUUUUCAAAUGAUAAGUGUUUGAGCUA